CUGACCAAGCCCAGCUACAGCUACAGCUACGGCUCCCCUAAGGGGCCAGCCCCGGCCGUUCUCUCCCUCUCUCCGGAGCAGCUGCGGGGCCGUCAAGCCGGCUGCCUGUCCCCGGCGUCUUCAUGCGCCCAGCCAACGGCCUUUGAGAGCGCUCAGCCCGAGCUACCGGGGGAGCCGGCCCGAGGGCCCUCGCCGGCGACUUCACCAACGGGGCUCUCGGGGAAAAGAAGCAACAAGUACAGCACAUCCUAGUUGAAACAAGUUCAAGGAUUUGAUAUGAAGCGCAGAAGCAGAUAGUGCAUAGAGCAAGCCAUAGCUGGAAUACUUUUUAAACUUGCUUAAAAAUUGUCUUUAUGAUCUCUGAGAUGUGCAACUAAAAGUUUGGAAAUAAAUCCCUCAGCUGGGAAAGCAGUGUCCGGGCUCUUAUGUGCAGCUCCAAAAACCAAAAAAGUCAGAUCUGUAGGGGAAUUGUGUACAGUUACCUGAGCUGCAGGGUAGCAGUGUUUGACUAGUCCUUGUAAAGGUGCCCGCACAGUUGCCAAAAUGAGUAAAAGAACGAGCAGUGACACCCCUCUAGGAAGGAUGAGUGGGGCUGCAUUUCCUUCUCCCACAGCUGACAUGGCAGAAAUAAAUCGUAUUCAGUAUGAGAUGGAGUACACUGAAGGCAUCAGCCAGCGCAUGAGGGUCCCAGAAAAGUUAAAAGUCGCUCCACCACCUCCUGACCUGGAGCCAGGCUUCCAAGAAGGAGUCCCGAAUGCCAGUGUCACGAUGCAGGUUCCUGAGAGGAUUGUCAUAGCAGGUAAUAAUGAAGACAUUUCAUUUUCAAGACCAGCAGACCUUGACCUUAUCCAAUCAACACCUUUCAAACCAUUGGCAUUAAAAACACCUCCCCGUGUUCUGACACUAAGCGAGAGACCACUCGAUUUUCUGGACUUAGAAAGGCCCAUCCCUCCAACCCCUCAAAAUGAAGAUGAAAAGUCACAUUUGGAGGAAGAAUCCAGCCAUCAGCAAGUCCGUACAGCUGGCAGGCUGAAAAGGGAGAGGUCCAUGAGUGAAAAUGCCGUGCGACAAAAUGGACAAUUGGUCAGAAAUGAUUCCAUGUGGCUCAGAUCAGAUUCUGCCCCAAGAAAUAAAAUUUCAAGAUUCCAGUCAUCAUUUUCAGCCCCGGAAUACACUGUGACACCAUCACAACAACAGGCCCGUGUCUGUCCUCCCCAUAUGUUACCCGAAGAUGGAUCUAAUCUUUACUCUGCUCGGGGCAUUUUGUCGUUUAUCCAGUCUUCUACUCGUAGGGCUUAUCAGCAGGUCUUGGAUGUGCUGGAUGAAAAUCGCAGUUUGAGAAGACAAAAUGAAAUGCGAUGUGAAAGGCCAGUGUUACGUGGGGGGUCCGCAGCUGCCACUUCUAACCCUCAUCAUGACAUCAGAUAUGGUCUUUCAACUUUGGACGCGGCAAUUGAAGGAACACCAGAUGAUGUGACUGUUGUAGAUGCUGCUUCCCUAAGACGUCAGAUCAUCAAACUUAAUCGACGUCUCCAACUUCUGGAAGAAGAAAACAAAGAACGUGCAAAAAGAGAAAUGGUCAUGUAUUCGAUUACUGUAGCUUUCUGGCUACUUAAUAGUUGGCUUUGGUUUCGCCGCUAGAGUAGAGUAUGGCCUCCAAGAUCCUUGAUCUCACAGGGUGCAGAACACCAAUGAAACCUCUUCCUGGGAAUCUUCACUUAUGAGAAUACUCUCCCUCCAACUCUUCUUUCUUUUUUAAUUCAGAAACUGAUGUGAUUCCCACAUCCUUGAGAAUUCACUGUAUUGGAGGCCAACAAAAGAAGCUCUCUUCGGACAUGUCAGGUGUCUUCUUUCCAGGCAAUGAGUUUGGGAUGAGCUACUAGAUGAGGACCAGGGAACCUUGGUGUUGAGGCCUUUUCAAAGAAAAGAAACCAGGUGAUAGGAGGGUGUCCCCCAGGUGUAAUACCAAGUUAAUGGUCCAAAAAAUUAUCUUCUGUUACCGGAUUGAAUUGUAUGACUUGUAUUACAUGACAGGACGAAUGAUUCAUUUCAGUAUCCAACAACCUUGUGUUCUUACUAGCUCAAUCGCAGGUUGGGUUGGCAACAAAAAGCAGUUGUACACGUCGCCAUUGAUUUUGUCAGUAAAAAAGAGAGAGCUUUUCUCUCCUGGGUACAUAGAGUAUUUUGAUGCACUGUAGCCAGCUAAGCCAAAAGGAUGAGAGCUGGAAUAGGAGUAUUGAUCCUAAAGAUUUGUAUCUCAUUAUUUGAAAUAGAAAUAAUUAAUAUUAGUGGAAAAUCAUUCCCUCUGCUUUUGGAAAUAGUCUAAAAAUUGCUGAAGAGUACUAGUAAUUAUAUGCAAUGAGUGUGAAGGUGUGCCUCUCAUGUAUCUCAGGCUUCCACUUAUGCCCAUUCUUAAUAUCAUUUAUAGUAAGGAAUCUGAAGCUAGUAGGUUGAAGACAAGACUUGAGAGCUCUGUAACCUGGACUUCAUUCUCUAAGUUCUGAACUGUAUCGUUCCCUUUGUUGGACUCAACCAGUUAGGGUUCCCCAGGCACUUGCUGAUGUCAUAUCUACCAGCUAGUAGGUUCCAUGUAGCACUCCUUUGUAUCAUUUGUGUCACAUGCAAGGCUCUGGUAGUACCAAGAAAAGUCACUGCUGUUUGUCAUCAAAUAGGAUGCAAUAAACCACAUCUGUAAUCUAAAUACAAGUGCAGUGGUUUCAUCGUUUUGUAUAUAUAAACAGUUCAACCGGCUGAGCAUCAAAGUGAUCAAAGUGGAAACUUUGAAAUUCUAAUCCCUCUGAAAAGAAUAAAAGGUCUUAAGCGUGAAGAUAAUGAAUUUCAUGGUCCUGAAAUACAGGGGCUUAAAGAUGGUGAUGUUCCAACUCUUCACAACCCCAUUUGGGGUUUUCUUGGCAAAGAUAAUGGAGUCGUUUGCCAUUUACUUCUAGCUCAUUUUUACUGAGGAGGAAAUUGAGGGAAACCAGGUUAAGUAG